AUGUUUGCCUUGGCUCCUCCCAGUCGCGAGAUAUUGGCGAGUUUUGGGAUUUGUGAUUGUUUUGCUAUUUUCACUGCUGGACAUUUCACUGGAUAUUUUGUGGCUGUCGGAACCGUGUUUUGUGAUUAUCCUUUAUUGAUUUAUUGUCUCGGAAGCUUUGGCAAUCAAUCGGCGAAUACGUCCUUUCUUCUGACAUUUCUCCUUCUUCUCACGCGAAUACUCGAUUUAGCUGCCAGCAAAUGGAAGGACUUUCUCUUCAAGGAAAACCGAGCGUUGUGGUCGAUUGGAAUCUCAAUUGGAUUCGGAGUUUAUCUCAAUCUUUUCGGCACACCUGGUCUUUUCAAUGCCGACUUCGGGAGUUGGAUUUUCGAUCCGAUGAUUCCGGGUCUCACAAAUAAUCAGUUCGAGGCAAAAGUGCAGGGGAUUUUCAAUUUGAUUUUCUGCUUUUCAUUGGGCAUUUUCACUCCAUUAACCUAUCUGCUGCAAUGGAGAAGAGAAAGGAAAUAUGGACAAAUGGUUUCCUACAAAAAACAGGUCCUUCAGCAGGCCAUCCUCGUCUCCGUGUUCCCUCUGCUCACUGCCACCGCCUAUGCGACGUUGGGCCUUUUCGCCAGCUCUCCCUAUUUUAUGCUUAUGAUGUAUAUCAGUUCGAAUGCAUGGUAUGCCGGCCAUUGUCUACCUCUUCUUCAACAAAACCAUUCG